UGCUCGGUAUUUGGUUAAGUAAAUUGAUAAAUGAAUUCCAUCUUCUUUGUAUAUAUAAUUAUAUAAUUUAAUAAUGGAUUGGGCUUCAUUAUUUGGUUGUAUUUCUCAAAAAAAAAAAAAAAAAAAAGAUGGUCUCUGGUUUUUGAAGGUUGCGCUAUUUAACGAGGAAGUGAUGAGAGAAUCUGAGUGCUUAGUUUUGGCAAGCAGUCAAGCUGCUUGUGAUUUCUUUGGUUUAGAGUUCUUGAGAGUCAGGUGCUGCUUGAGUUUAUAUUCACGUAGCUCUUCUGCUUGUAUUAUUACAGCUGGUAAGUUUUCAGGGUAUAAAUGUAUUGUGUGUUUAUGGAUAGUGUUGCUCAUUGAUGUAGGAUGUGUGUUUAGCUCUGUAUAUGGUUGUUGGAUAGUGUCUUGUACUGUAGUACUUAUCUAUAUAGUGUUCUUAUGCCGUAUAUGAAUUUGUAAAUUGGUUUAUGUCACCAGAAUUUUAUUUGUCAGUACAUAGAGUAUACUUCUUCAGUGUUUAAUUGGCUGCCUAUUAUGAUGUAGGUUGAGUCUUCUUUCCUUUUUUUAAAGCAUCCCAAUUUCUCAACCUUUUUAGCAUCCCAGUUAUGUUAUUUUCAGCAUCCUAGUGACUCAAUUACUAGAACUUCUGUUGGUUUUAUGUUUGUCCAGCCUGUGUAUUGAUUAGUCUCUUUGAGUAUAGAACGGUUUUUGCAUGUCUAUGAAUUGUUCGCUUUCUUGCAAAUCCUUUACCUCUUCGCUAUCAAGACUGUUUGGGCAAUUUGCUGCCCCCAAGAUUGAACAUUGCUCCCUUUCUUUUUAAAAUCCCAGCUUCCACUAGUUCCCUGUUGAUUGAACUUGGAAAAACCCCAUCCACCAUAAUUGUCAUCGUUGUUUAUUUUGCCAGGAUGAAUCUUUCGGUUGUCCACAAGUCAGUGCCCUGUUCUCUACUUUCUCGGAUACCCCUUGGGAAACAGGAUGGUGGUUACCUUGAUUAGAGCUCCAGCUACCAGACCCUUUAUGACUUUUACCCCAGGGUUAUCCUUGCUGUGCAGAACCUUGUUUAUAUAUUUGUAUCAUCAGUGCUUGCUUUCAUUAGAAUGUAGUUUUAUAUGAUAUACAAUAUCUGUCAGAAUAAUCUAUUUGGUUAUUAUAUAGCAUUGUGGCCUUAUGUAUGCAAAUAGGUAAAUAAAGGGUAGGUGUUCUUCUGGUAAUAUAUUCCAUAUAUGCAUAUUGGUUUAUAUCACCAGAACUUUAGUUGUCAGCACAUUGAGUAUACUUCUUCAGUAUUUAAUUAGCUGAUUGUUAUGAUGUAGGUUGAGGCUUUGUUUUC